AUGCAGCAAGACAAUCAACAUGACGAUGAAGUGGAUCCAUUCGCUCCUCCACCACCUCCACCAUCAUCAACACCAACACCAACAAACGGAAGACAACAACAUCAAGAAAUUGAUGACGAUGGACCAAUGGAAGUUUUAGUAGAAUAUUCGUUUAGAGACUUUGAACGUUUUACUCAUGUUACUCCGAAUGAUAUGAUUUCUUAUCAAUCGGGUAAAAAGAGUUUUUAUGAUGUGUUGUAUGAUAUCAAGACACCUUGUGGAGAAAUUUAUAAUAACAUGAUGAAUUAUGUUCAUAAUAUGGCCAUUGCACAACAAAAGGAUAUUUCUGUGGAUGAUAUUAGAGAUUCUGUUGAGAGAAAAACAUUUUUGGAAUGUAUUGAUUUCCAUUCCCAUUUAUAUGAAGUUCGUACAAAGAAUUUGGUUCUCAAUAUUGAAGGUAAUUCAAAAUAA